AUGUUUAAAAAAAUUAAGAAUUUACCUGAAAGUUAGAAUGUACUUGGCUUUGAGUAAAAUUCAAAAAAUUCUAAAAUAGAGUAGGGUAAAGAAGUUAAGAAAAAAAUACAACUUUUAACAGGUUUAAGCAACUUAAACAAUUAAUUAAAUCAACUAUAUUUAUUAUAGUGA